AUGGAUCUCCAGGAUCUUCCAAUCAAUCCCAUGGAUACCCAUAAUUCCUUCACCGAUGGGAACUUUGUUACUCAAAAGUCAUCACACAGAUUCUCUGCAUUAGCACAUGACCAAGUACAUGAACAGCAGAAUGCUGUAGUCAAAGGUGAUGGUGGGGUAAUAGGAAUCACUGAGAAUGAAGCUGCUCUUUGUCGAUGGAUGGUGGCUGGUCCAGAAAUAGCAAGAAUUAUGAGUGAAUAUGAGGACCAGUUCCAGAGCGAGAAGGAACCUGAUGUUCGCCAUCAUGAGCAACUACCAAGCAUGCAGAAAUCCUUUGCAACAGAUCUCAACAAUACAAUAAGUUCAUUUGAGAAACUGGGGAAUCCAUUUGAUGAAGACACUAAAGAUCUGUACGUGCUUGACACCAAGGUCGUCAUGCCCCAUGAAGCAGUCGCAACACUCAGAUCAAUAGAGGAAACUGGCAAGGCACAACAUAACAAAUUUCUGGAGAGAAUGAAAGAUCCUUCUGGAAAAUUCUAUGACAAAAUUUCAAAGAACAAUCUGGCAAUAUUCAAAUCCAAGGCCAAGAAAGUACAUGCCAAGUCUUUGGUGAAGAUGACUAAUAUGAAAAGCAAUGUUGAGCUAUUUUCUCGAAUGUACAUUUCUUGUCAAGCUAGAGAUGGUGAUAUCGACACAUUCUUUGAACAUGAAUGUCACAGUUGGCCCCCAGCAUUGGCAGAGAAUAUUGAUACAAUGCGCCCUCCAACCAGCAAAGCUGAUCUUGUGCCUUGUUUGGAAGCUCUUGUACCCCGUACCAAGGACAUACCCAAAGCAGAAGUUUGCAUUUUCGAUGGGGCAGCCCUAGUGCAUCAGUUGGAACCCAAAAAAUGCAAUGAUGUAAUCAAGACAUUUGGAGAUUAUGCAGAGAAGCAGUUCCUUCCAUACAUUGCCCGAAAAUUAAAUGAGGAGACGGUGGUACGUGUCGAUGUUGUGUGGGAUACAUAUAGAACCGACAGCCUAAAAGGAGGCACCAGGCUUGGUCGGGGUACUGGCAUGCCACUUCAUGUAACUGAACAAACACCAGUACCUCUAAACUGGAGCAGCUUCCUUCGUGUAGAUUCUAACAAGAAGACAUUGUUCAAUUUCCUUGCUGCUUCUCUACAAACAAUGAGUGUUCCAGAUGGAAAAACUCUACUUACAACCCAGGAAGAAGAGGUUAAAUCAAAACCCUCCUUAAAUGUUUGGCAGAACAUUCAACCAUGUACACAUGAAGAAGCAGAUUCACGCAUGGUGCUUCAUGCUUGGCAGGCAUAUCAGCAAGGAUUCAGAAGUAUUAUCAUUCAUGCUACAGACACAGAUGUGGUUGUGUUGGCUAUCGCAAUGGCCAGUAAAAUGGAUGGCGUCGCAUUGUGGUUGGCCUUUGGACAUGGAAGAAUUCUGAGGUACAUAGCAGCUCAUACUAUUUCGAGAAAGCUGGGCCUCGAACGUUCAUGGGGACUACUGUUCCUGCAUGCUGUUACUGGAUGUGAUACCGUUUCUGCUUUAUCUGGGAUAGGCAAGAAGACUGUGUGGGAUGUAUGGAAUUCCAUGCCAAACUUAGGAGAGGUCUUCAAUCGUCUCUCGAAUGCACCAUUUGAAGUAACAAAUGAUGACAUGGACACAAUUGAAAGGUUCUUUGUUGUCCUGUACAGUAGAACUUCCUCUCUGAAGAAAGUAAAUGAAGCACGUAAGCAGCUAUUUGCUCAGGGGAAUCGACAGCUGGAAAACAUUCCACCAACUAAAGAAGCACUGCGUCAACAUGUGAAGAGGGCAGUCUAUCAAGCAGGUCACAUAUGGGGACAAUCUCAAAAAGCAAACCCAGAGCUGCCUUCGCCUGCAGAUUGGGGAUGGACAAAGGAUGAUGAGGGAUGGCAUCCAUUCUAG